AUGGGCUUCACUCUAACCGGUACUCCCGAGGCACGUGGGUUCGAGUUGGGUUGGCUAGGUGUAUCUGAAAUGAAGGGCAAGGUAGUUUUACUUUUGGUAUCUAAGGCAGAGCUCUUUCCACAAAAGGGAUUGCUUCUGCUGCUUGAUAGAACAUAUGAUCAUCCUUACCACAAGAAGUUAGAGGGAAGUUAUGAAAUUGUUUGGAUCUCAAUUUCUGAUACAUGGACUGAUGCUGAAAGGGACAUAUUCGAUUUUUUGUCAAACUCUUUGCCAUGGUACUCAGUCCGGCGACCGUGGGUGCUCUACUCAGCUGUUGUGAACUACAUAAGACAAGAAUGGGACUACAAAAAUGUCCCUCUUGUUGUAGUGUUGGAUUCACAAGGCAUGGUCAGAAAAUCAAAUGCAAUGGAUAUGGUGUUCAUCUGGGGUGCCACAGCAUACCCCUUCUCAACUUCGACAGAAAAGGAACUCUGGGAUGAAGAGAAUUGGACCCUGAAACUUUUGCUUGAUGAAAUUGACCCUCUAUUAACCACCUGGGUAGAAGAAGGCAGAAAUAUUUGCAUUUAUGGAAGUGACAACCUAGACUGGAUUAGGGAAUUCAAUGCCACGUGUAAGUGCAGCUUGAAAUGGUGUAUGCUGGCUGCAAAGACCUUGGCGAACAAAAGAUCAAAACUCCAACUGGGACAAUCAAUCCAUUCUGAUGAUCAUAUCUUGAAAGAGGUGUCAGCAUUACUAGAUACGGCGAACGAAGGGUGGGCCAUAAUCGGAAGAGGGAAUACGGCAGACAUUGUAAAACUUUCAGCUAGUGAAGCAAUAAAAUGGUUGGAUAGGUUUCCAGAAUGGGAAGAAAAUGUGGCAAAGUUAGGAUUCGUGUCAGCACUUAGAGCUGCCAUUGAUCCACCUCCUCCUCCACUAGGGCCUUGCAAUCAUUCGAAAGUUGUUCCUUAUGCAGAAGGGCUAGUUGAUCCUAGAAAACCAUGUUAA